GAUGCAGCGCGUCUGUAUCAGAUGAGAAGAAAGAGUCACCCAGGAUUUCCCUUCCUCCCGCUUCCCAGGAAGAAAAAAACAAAAAUGUGAUCUAUUAAUCUUCGUCUGAAUCGUUCGCCGCAGGAUGCUGAGUCGCGAGAGGAAAGUGAUCCAGAUGUCAUGGAGAGACCGUUUGGAAGACGAAGGGAUUUAGAAAAUGGGCUAAAAUUACGCGCAUUCUACCGCAUUUUGACGCAAAGUGGAACUGUAACCGGACUUCCCAGGGUUCAUGUCUCUCGCUAAUGAAGCCGAAGGAAUAUGAAUAACCUGCUGUGACAGAAAGUUUUCGCUGUAAUUCUGACACAAAAAUGUGGACAUUGCGCUCCGAGUGCGUCUUGCAACAUCGCUGAGGCAUUUAAACUCCACAAACCAAAGAGGCUGAAGUUGGCAGUUGACUGUUCGCGUGAUUUAAAUGCGAUUUGGCUCCCAGAAAUCGCGGACAGAAGCGGAGGGUGUUUGUGAAAAGUCCGGAGAGCUGGUCUAUAUGAAGAUCGCCACUCGGCUUCUGGUGUUCCCUCGCAGAAAUGCCAGUGCGUGCAGUCACCACCAGGUUCAUGUACAAGGGGCUUUGCACUAUUCCAGAUGUCCUCACCUACCGGACCCCUGUUAGCCUGCCCGAGGACGAAGUGGAAGAGAUCCGAGAGGCAUUCAAGGUGUUCGACCGAGACGGGAAUGGUUUCAUCUCCAAGCAGGAGUUGGGCACUGCCAUGCGUUCUCUGGGCUACAUGCCCAAUGAGGUGGAGCUGGAGGUGAUCAUCCAAAGACUGGACAUGGACGGGGAUGGUCAAGUUGGCUUUGAAGAAUUUGUCACGCUACUCGGGCCCAAACUUUCAGCGACUGGAAUGCCGGAUAAGUUCCACGGAGCAGAUUUUGACUCUGUGUUCUGGAAGUGUGACAUGCAGAAACUGACCGUGGACGAGCUAAAGAGACUUCUGUACGACACUUUCCGUGAUCACCUCACCAUGAAAGACAUUGAGAAUAUCAUCAUGACGGAGGAGAACCACCUCAACAGCCCAGAGUCCCACGUGGACAUCGACACAAGCCCAACACAACAGGAAAAACACACGUGUGUGCGUAAAAGCCUGAUUUGUGCCUUCGCCAUUGCAUUCAUCAUCAGCGUGAUGCUCAUCGCGGCCAAUCAAAUGCUCCGAAGGGGAAUGAAGUAGACGAAACACGUCCAGCAGAGGACGGGUGGAAUUCAGGACUGACUCUAACAAAUGGAAACCAAAUACAUUCGAGCUGUUUCUGGUUUUGUUUUCACCCUGGGUCUCACACAAAUGCAUGAGGGAAACACCAGCACGAGAAGCUCGUACGGUCGACUAGCAACAAAACAAGUACAAAUGUACAGGAUUUAAACUAGAUGGGGGCAUGCCAACACGGACCAUAGUAAUCUGAUCCAGCAGACCACCAAAUAUAAGUCCAUAAAACCAGAUGUAUCACUACGUAUUUUGUUUAUUUUUUAAAACGUACCAAACAUACCAAAAGAUGGCAGCUGCAUGAAGCUGAAGUCCACAAAAGAGUGGAGAUAAACCUAGAAACGUCUCAGUGGGUCACAUUUCAUGCAGCUAGUAGAACGUUCCUUCACUUCAAUGGCCUUGUAUCUUAUUGCAACACUUGAGAAUUGACUUUAUUUUCUGCAAGAAAUUAUUUUUGGAUGGAUUUGCUGAUCAACCAGAACAUUAGAGGCCCUGCUCAUUCUGACCAGACAGCCAACUCGCCUUUUUACGCAGCAAGUCUCACAAGAGAGUCUGACAGGUAACAAGUUGCCUAUUCUACCUGAGAAAAUACUGACAAAAAUCCCACACUAAUGGCUCAUAUAUCUGCCAUCUUGAUUUUCAAUCCUGGCAAAAGGAUGUAGCAGCCAGUUUUAAUAUUGCUGUCCAUGUAUGUCACGGCAAGCACUGUGCAAGUUGGAAUAAUGUGCCGAAUACAUGACAUCAAUAACUGGUUCUCCUCAGGACGACUUAUUUUGCUUUACAUGCUUGUAAAAUACAUCCAAAGCACCGACAGAGUGCAGCAAGAGGACGUGUGUAUUCAGCAACCAUCCUCUUCAUAUGAACUAUUCUUUUGUUUUCAGUCAACAGAGAGGUACAUUAGGAUCACAUCUUAAUGGUGUAUUCUAGGACAGGGGGUCUGAACCUUGUGAAAUGACAUGAAAUGUGAUCAGUGGAAAGAUAUUUAUUUGUCAUUGAAAAGUCCAACCAGCAGCAGAACCAGGUGCAAGUCAUCAAAUUGUCUAAAAAAAUACACUUGAUGCAAACUGUUGAGAAAAUUGGAAAUUGGAAAAAAAUUAAUAACCCAUGUCUAAAUAUCAUAAAAUAAAAAUAGUAAUAAUAAAGUAUUUUAUUUAAACUCCAAAGAAGAGUAAAGUGUAAAUGAAUGUAUUGCCAUAAAAAUGUAAUUUUCAAAAGUGCUUCAACAGCUGCUUUCAUGAACAGUUUUUUUUUACUGGCAUUACUUUCUUUAUCAUUUUUUCUUUUAAAGAACUUCUCCAUAGUUGCAGCUGUCAAGUCAAUUCACUGACUCACUACUGCCACCAUACGUGGCUCAUGUGUUGAAACUGAGCGUCUCGCUGCCCUCGUGGCCCAGAGCGGUAAAACAAAAAAACUUUUAGCGGCCCUCAAGAGGCGGCCCAACCAUGGGCCCCGGCCCUGUGGUUAAGAAUCACUGUUCUAGGACUACAUGGAAGUGCGCUAAUCUAAGGUCAGUUUUCCAAGUUAAUCCCCCGCUGGACAUGAUCUCUUCAGUGUUCAGAGCGUCCUUCCAGUGUGACACGGUGGAACACCUCACCAGGCAGCACUGCCAGAUUAUCCACUCUCAACUUGGAAGAGCAGCAGCUCUACUCUGAGCCUCUACCGAACGACCAGUCCUUGAACCUCCGACAGAGGGUGGUAGAAGAAACUAUUUUCACCUGUUAGCAUCCAGAGCUUUCAGUCACUACACAAAGGUCAUGAUCUCAGGUGAUGGUACGAGGGUAGAUGCUCUGACUUUUGUCUCUGCUUUGUCUCCACCUGAACUGUCCAAUAAUUUCAGAGCCUCUUACAACCAAGAGUGGUCAUCCUAUAUUCAAUAUGUCUGCAACUCACGCACAAGCAUUUGAUCACAUGUAGAUAAUACUCCAAAAUCAUCUCAAUGUUUAGCGCAUAACUUUGACCACAAACAUCAUGGAGGGCAGUUUGGGAGCAAACAAACACAAGAGAGGUCUUAUAUGCAACAUCAACCUCAGCUACUUCUGACUUCCUCGGACAAUAGCACAGCACAUUUCCCUCUCAGUCACGACAUCCAUUUCUUAAAAGAUUUGAACAGGUGGAAUAUAUUCUGCCCCUCCACAGAGAGAUGCAAGUGAUAGACCAGUGCAAUCUGAUGGAAAAGAUUUUGGAGAAUUAAACUGACAAAAAUCACAAAACCUUGCUGUAUCACAAAACAUCCUGUGAAAUGAGUCGGAACAUCUUGUGCUGACCCUGUCUGCGCAUGACAUGGCGAAAAUGUCGCUGCAACAGGAGAGAUAAAGCGCCGAGUCAGUUCAUUUUGGUUCAGGAAAGUCGUUGAAAAAUGUAAAUGUAGUUCACGUGCAUGACGAUCCCAUUAGAAAUAAAUGUGUGUACUACAUGUGAGACAAGUGUUGACUAUAAUAUAUGUAUUCAAAUAAUUAUGCAAUUUGUAAAGGGGACAUUGCAAAAAAAAAAAAAAAAUGAACUCAGCAUUUGACAUUUUCUCAAGUGUGGUUUGAACUGUGGAACUGCUGACUGUGCAGUAUGCACUGACGAUGAAUCAACACAUAUCACAAAAACAAUUAUUUGUUUAUUUACUUUUGGCCCCUAUAUUAAUAUUAACCACCAAAACAGCAUCCAGUAUGAGUUGGCAUUAUUAUAUUUUCAUAGUAAUAUUAAAUCAGAUACACUUUAUUAUGAAUCAAAGAUUAUUUUGUAAAAAAAAAACAUAAAAAGACAAAAAUAUAUGUUUAAUUUCUCCUAUUUGAUCAGUUUCCAAAUCAUGUUUAAUUUAAGAAAUAUGUUCUUAUUAAUGCUUUCUGGUCAAAGCAGAAUCAUGUGGUGAAAUGUGUUUGGCAAUAAAGUGAAUAAUUGAUAUUGUAGCUGAAACCUAUUUAUGUGACAUGACAUUACCUCUUUCUGUGGACAUAUCAUGUAAAUGAAAGUGAAUGUAAAGUACAGUUACUGUAUCAAAGACAUGUAUAAGCAGAUAUAAUUCGUAUGAUGUCUGUUAGAGUGUUAAACUGAGCUGGUUCACAUGCACUUUUGUUUGGUUUGCACUGUAGUUGCGUCCUGUUUGGUGCCUUUGUCAUAGCUAGACCACAAAACUGCACUGUCAUGCCUUUGCUUUCAGGCCAUUUGAAUGAACAAUUCAGUCAACAAAUAUUACGAUGAAAAAUGGCUUAUUUGGCAAAUGUAUAUUUUCAUCACCUCCCAAAUAUCAAUGUAAUGUUUCAAAUACCUGUAAUGUUUCACUAGUUUUUUUCUUUCUGUAGUUGUUGCAGAUGUAGAGGAAACAGCAUCAAUUAUUCACGGGUGUAAGUGGUGUCUAGAUGCAUGUGGUCCAAUAAAAAAAGGCAAUA